AGAAAAGUGGAAAAAGUAUAAAAAAGGGCAAAAACAUAAUAAACAGUGCAACCCAUCGUACCCACGAUGAGAUCCGGCGUGACACGAUGAGAAGACGGUUUAAAUUGAAGAAAAUCUGCAAAAAAUCUUUUUCAUCGUACCACGAUGACUUGUCAUCGUGGCACGAUGAUGACGGCAAAAGCACACAGAGAAUACUGAGGAAAUCUUCCAUCGUACCACGAUAUGAUCCAUCGUGGCCACGAUGAGGCAUAAUUACACGCCAUCGUGGCCACGAUGGGUGCGAUAGACGCGCAGAAAAGCCCAAGAGAGUUAGGAGAACUCUAAGGAGGAGGCACAGAGAGCUCAAGUGCUUCGAGGGCAUAAGGGUAAUCUUUAUGCUUUCUUUUCCUUAUUGUUUUUUAUGGUUUUUAGUAGCUAAACCCCAUCAGGGUUAGGUCAAGUAGAUGAACUCCCAUAGGAAUGCUUGAGACAUGUAAUCUGGUUAUUUUCCAAGCUUAUAUACAAAUUGCUAUUCAUUUAUUAUCUGUCAGUAUCUGUAUUUAUCGUUUUAUAUACUAACAUAUAUGAUCAGCCGCAUAUGUUGUUAGUACUUAGGGUCGAAGUGGAUAUCAUGACACAUCUAAGACUUCGAAAACAAAGAGAUACUAUAACCUACUUAUAUGAGACCAUUAAAUUCACACGUAGUUAAAUUCUGUAUUAGGGAAACCAGUUACGCUAGAGAACUUGUUAAAUUAGGAACUUCUACAGGUAAGGAUGCCCACCAAAGGCUGAACUCGUUAAGGUAAGGACAAGAAAUAACGAAGGCUAAACCUAGUUUGAUUGAUUCACUCUAAACAGAUUAUAAUAGAAGUAAGUAUAGUUCUACUAGGCUUAUUUUCAUAGAAAUUAAUCUCUAGAUAAUACUUCGAUAGUAUGCAUAUAUAGCGUCAGUUACCAAGCAGGAAUAGAGGAGGAAUUCGAAAGUACUUAACCACCAGUUCUCAUUUGAAACUCAACUCUUUAUUACAAUUGCUCUUUACUUUAAUUGUUAUUUACUAUUAUUUGUCAAAACCCCCACUCAAUCAAACAAAGCGAAUGUAAAUUACCUUUUACUUUAAUUUACUUUUAUUGCAUAAAUUCCUAAUCAAAACUGGUAACUUUGGCACAAUCCAUGUGGAGAACGAUAACUGACUACUUUAUUACUUGGUUACGAUUCUGUUCACUUGCAGAGCCAUCGUUACUAGGUCAAACGUCAUGGUCGGGGUUCAAAUUCCAACUCCCUCACCUAUGUGUGUGAGUUUAUAAUGUCUUUGUCAUUUCGUCUAUAUACUAAAUAAAAAUAUUAUUUCAUAAUUGCAAUUCAAUGGUCUAGAUUCAGACAUUAUUUCAUCAAGUUUAUUAUUUCAAUGAGGAGGAUCCUUUCUAUUAAUUUUUAAUGUAAUAUUAUUUUUUAUUAAAAUGACUAUAAUUAAUUUCUUAUCAGCGUCUUACAUAAAUUAUUUAAGGAAACGGACACAUGUAGAUGAUCCAAAUCCACAUAAAUUUAAACAUGGUGGGUUGAUUUUUUUAUUUCUAUUUUCUUUUUUAUCAUAAAACAAUUGGAUAGCUUAUAUGCUUUAAACAACUUGAAAAUAAUUUUAUUUUUUAAUUUCAAUAAUGCACUUAUAUCAUUUUCACUCAAGAUACUUCAACUAUAUAUUUCAAUGACUUUGGACAUGGAAACCCAAAACUACAUUUAAUUUCCAUCUGCUAAUGGCUUUGUUGACACCCUCUUCAUCCUUCUGUUAUGGAUUCACUUACGAUGUAUUCCUUAGCUUUAGAGGUCUAGACACUCGCUAUGGUUUCACCGGCAAUCUCUACAUAGCUCUUCAUAACAAGGGAAUCCAUACCUUUAUUGAUAAUGAGGAGCUUGAGAGAGGACAAGAAAUCACACCAUCACUUCUUAAAGCAAUUGAAGAGUCUAGAAUUGCCAUUAUUAUACUCUCUGAGAACUAUGCAUCUUCUUCAUUUUGCUUAGACGAACUUGUUAAGAUCCUUGACGACAUUAAGGGAAAGGGUAGGUUGGUUUUGCCAAUCUUUUAUGAUAUAGAUCCUUCUAUUGUGCGAAAGCAGGCAGGGUCUUACGGAGAAGCUUUAGCUAUGCAUGAGGAGAGAUUCAAGAAUAACAUGCAGAGGUUGCAUAAAUGGAGAUCAGCUCUACAACAAGUAGCUAACUUGUCAGGCUGGCAUUUCAAAAAAGGUGAGGGAUAUGAAUAUGAGUUUAUUGGAAAUAUAGUUGAACAUGUUUCCAACAAGAUGAAUCGUGUUGCUUUACCUGUUGCUGACUAUCCGGUUGGACUAGAGCCUCGAAUGCUAGAAAUAAAUUCACUUCUUGAUGUUGGGUCUGAAGAGGUCAACAUGAUUGGGAUCCAUGGAAACGGCGGGAUAGGGAAAACAACACUUGCUCUGGCGGUUUAUAAUUUGAUUGCCGACCACUUUGAAGCUUUGUGUUUUCUUGAAAAUGUGAGAGAAAAUUCAAACAAACAUGGGUUAGAACAUCUCCAAAAGAUUAUUCUUUCAGAAACACUUGGAGAAAAGAAAAUUAAGUUAUCAAGUGUCAAACAAGGAAUUUCAAUAAUAAAACAUAGACUCCAGCAGAAAAAAGUUCUUUUGAUUUUAGAUGAUGUUGACAAAAUAGAACAACUGGAGGCCUUGGUUGGAGGGUCUGAUUGGCUUGGUUCCGGAAGCAGAGUUAUUAUUACAAGUCGAGACAAACAUUUGUUUGAAAGUCAUGGGGUUAACAGAACAUAUGAAUUAAAUGUGUUAGAUGAGAAAGAUGCUCUUCAAUUGCUUACUUGGAAAGCUUUUAAAGCAGAGAAAUUUCAUCCUAGUUACUUGGAUGUCAUGAAACGCGUAGUAGCCUAUGCUUCGGGACUUCCAUUGGCUUUAACAGUAAUGGGUUCCAAUUUAUUUGGAAAGAAUAUACAAGAAUGGGAAUCUGCAUUACAUCGAUAUGAAAUCAUUCCUAAUAAAGAGAUCCAAAAUAUACUCAAAGUAAGUUUUGAUGCUUUGGAGGAAGAUGAACAAAGUGUUUUUCUUGACAUAGCUUGUUUCUAUACAGGAACAGAACAUACAUUGACAAGUGUAGAAAAGAUGCUCCAUGUUCAUUAUGAUGCUUGCAUGAAAUAUCAUAUUGGAGUAUUGGUUGAAAAAUCUCUCAUAAAGAUUAAUUGGUUUGGUGGAUUCAGUGUGCACGACUUGAUAGAAGACAUGGCUAAAGAAAUUGUUCGAUUGGAAUCACCAGACGAACCUGGAAAUCGUAGUCGAUUAUGGUUUCACGAAGAUAUAAUUCAAGUUUUAGAAGACAAUACAGGAACUAGCGCGAUUAAAACCAUAUAUCUGAUAUGUGAAAAUGAAGUGGAAUUGGAUGAAUCGGCUUUCAAGAAGAUGAAAAAUCUCAAAACCCUUGUUAUCAUCAUUAUGAAAGGUGGCCAUUUUACCAAAGGACCGAAAUAUCUUCCUAAUAGUUUAAGAGUAGUCAAAUGGGAGGGAUAUCCUUCUGAAUAUUUACCACAAGAUUUUCAUCCGAAGAAACUUGCCAUAUUAACCUUGCGAAAAAGUUGCAUAACGUCACUCGAGACCGACUCAUUGAAAAAGUUUUUGAAUGUUAAGAUUUUGAAUUUUGACGAGGCAAAUUGUUUGACAGAAAUACCUGAUGUGUCUUGUCUCUUAAAUUUAGAAGAAUUUUCAUUUCACAAUUGUAACAAUUUAAUUAAAAUUCACGAAUCAGUCGGGUUAUUGGAUAAACUUAAAGUUUUGAGUGCCAGAGGUUGUACUAAGCUUAGAAGAUUUCCACCUAUCAAAUUGGCGUCCCUUGAGCAACUCGAUCUUUCAUUUUGCCUGAACCUCAAGAGUUUUCCAGAAAUAUUAGGGAAGAUUGAAAAUAUAACAGAACUUGUGUUGGAAGGAAUCCCAAUAAUUGAUUUGCCAUUUUCAUUCCAAAAUCUUACUCAUCUUCAAACAUUACAACUACGUUGUUGCGGAACUUUUAGUUUACCAAGAAACUUAUUCAUGAUGCCAAAUUUGGUUGUGAUUAUUGCUUGGGUAUUAAAUGGGUUGAUAUUUCCAAAGCAAUCCGAGGGUGAACAAACAGUUAUUUUAACGGUGACUUCAAAUGUAGAACGUCUUUAUCUCCCAUAUUGCAGACUAUCAAAUGACUUUUUUGCAACAAGUCUCACAUGGUUUAGAAACGUGAAAGAAUUAAUCUUAACGGGUAAUAAUUUUACAAUUCUUCCGGAAUGCAUUAAAGAAUAUCAUCUAUUAAGUGAGCUUCAUGUGGAUGACUGCAAAUAUCUUCGAGAAGUUAGAGGAAUACCGCCAAACUUGGAAAUAUUUUCUGCACUAUGGUGUAAAUCUUGGACCUCUACAGAAAUGUUACUGAAUCAGGAAUUGCAUGAAGCUGGAAGUACCAUGUUUAAGUUGCCGGGAUCUAGAAUUCCAGAUUGGUUCGAGCACUGUAGUAGCGGAGGGUCAAUAUCUUUUUGGUUUCGUAACAAGUUUCCUGCUAUAGCUGUUUGUCUUGUUCCCGAUUCGAUGUUUGUCAUUUCUUCAAUCUACCCUAUCGUGAUCAUCAAUGGCAAAGAAAGUCAACUUGACUCUAGGAACAUGAAUGAAUACGGCGGUGAUCAUAGUUUGUAUGUUAGACCAGAUCAUACAUACAUUUUUGAUCUUCAAAAGAUAAUAAAGUUCGAAGAUAAUUUGGAUGAAGCGCUUUUAAACAAAGAAUGGAACCACAUGGAGAUUAUGUAUAAGGACAAAAACAAUCACUCAAUGUUUAUAGAAAGUGGAAUCCAUGUAUUCAAACAGAAGAAUAGAAUUGAGGAUAUUCGAUUCACCGACCCGACCCUUGAAGAAAGAUCAUUUUUUUAUGAUGAUCUCAAAAAUUUAGAAAUCACAAAUCUCCAAGCUUAACCGUUGCUCAAAAUGAAGACGUGGUGGAACAGUUCUUGAAAGAAAAUAUAACUGCUGUUAAAUAUAAUUGUAGACUCUAAGAAAUUAUGAAGUUUCAAGUUUCAAUUUCUACAAACUAGGGAUGGUAAUGGGUGCCCAUAGGUGUGAGUUUGGGUAUAUUUGGGUGCCACCCAAACUCAAACCCAAAUAUUGUUCAGGUGGGAAAAUGAAAGACACACCCGCUCAGUUCGGGUUUUUUCACCCAAACCCGAAACCCGUAACCCGUAACAAGAACACGCAUAAUUGAUUAUCUGCUCAAACCUGACCCGAACUAUAUUUGAUAUAAUGCAAAAUGUAGCAUAACUUGGUAAUAUAGUUUGUAAAUUUCAAA